GCGACAAACAACCCUCUUACCUCGCGCAACAGGCAUUCUAUUCUUCGUAGCCUCACCCGCCAAUUCACACUUGCCACACACACAUACACACAUAGCCCACCCACACAAGUCAAGAUGAAGGUUCUCACCAAGGAAGAGGAGGAUGCGCACUACAAUGCUACCGUCAGGGGCGGCACAAUAGGAGGUGUUAUUGGCACAGCGAUAGGUGCCGCAGGUGUCCUCGCCGCGAGCAGACGCUACCACUCUUUCCGAGCCCUCACUGUGCCAUUCCGCGCAUUCCUUGUGGCUUCAACCGGAACCUUUGUCGCCGUCAUCGCCGCCGACAGAGCGUCCGCGCAAUACGACAUCGAGCACACCCCUGAAAAGAAACGCCAGAUCGAGCGUGAACAGCAGCGAGAAGCCCUUCUCGAAUCCAACAGAACCCCGCUCCAGCGCGCGAAGGAUUGGGCGACAGAAAACCGAUACCCACUCCUCUUUGGCUUCUGGGUUGCGUCCAUGGCCGGGUCAUGGCAUUUUGUCAACCGCAACCCUUACCUGAGCAAAUCGCAGAAGCUGGUGCAGGCGCGUAUGUAUGCUCAGGGUGGCACACUGGCUGCGUUGCUCGGCAGCUUUGCUAUUGAGGGAGCAGAUGCGGCCAAGGGCAAGGGAAGAUGGGAGACUAUUAAAAUCAUUGAUCCUAACGACCCUGAACACAAGCACGUUAUCGAGAAGAAGAUCCACCAUGAGAGGUACGCUGGUGAGGACCAGUGGAGAGAAAUGGUCGAGGCUGAAGAGCAGCGCCAGAAGGAGCGCAAGGCCGCUGCCCUGAGAAAGGAGCACCAGGCCAAGUAGCACCGGGAUGCUGCCAACAAGAAAGAAGAGAGGGAAGAGUAUCAGAACAAGGAAAAGGCCUACAAAAAAGACUAGUACCUCCUCAUCUUUCUCGAACAGCUUGGCCCGCCCAAGCACGGCGACGCUCGGAUGGGCUUUGUUCACAUGUCCAGGACCUUGGUCCUCAUUUGCAGGCGUUGUGGAGCAGCAUUGUCAUCGUCUUUUCUUUACCCUAUAUCAACGACUUUUUGUAUGACUAGGUUUCAUGUUUGCAGUUGGGCGGUUAAGCAGCGGCGCGUACUACUAGCAUGGAACACACUUGAGGGAAAUAAGUUUGCUCAAAUAGACUCUUCGGUUACUGAGCUUAUUCGCUGGUCUCCAAAC